AAUUAACGAGUUUACGAUAUAGUGGACACGCUUUCUUAAUUACAUCAUUAAUCAACUCUUACGACACAUUUAAUCCUUAAUACACUCAGCUGUAAAAUUACUUUUUAAAGAAUACAGACUGCAUAAUGUGAAUUUGUAGAGUGCAGCACUGUAACAACAGCCUGUUGCAAAGAUAUAAAUAUCUUCAAGGAUGCUUAUUAGCCAAGGAAAUGGAGAAAUUUUAUAGAAAUAAAGAAACCGAAUCCAUUUCGAAAAAUAAAAGUAAAUAUGUUCAGCAUUGGUUGGAACAUAGCUUAUAUUCUAAUACAGAUAUUCCCAAUGGUGUUCAAAACAUAAAAGAAUGCUCGACUGCAAUUAAUAAGAUAGAUGGAACGUCAUUUACAAUUCCAUCGUUACCGCAAUCGGAGCAACAAUAUUUGCCAUCGUGUUCAAAUCCUAUGUCACCUAUACUGGGUGGAAAGCGCUUACGAUCAUCUAAAAUUGCAAAUCUUAAAAAAAUUCCAAAAAAAAGGAAGAUAACAAAUUUGCAGGUGACACAGAAUGGCGACGAAAGUAAUCAUAAAAAUUUGAUAAAACAAAAAAUAGAAAAACCAAAAAUACAACUGAAGUCAGAACAGUAUUAUAAACAAAAUUUAGCUGUCGAAUCUAAUAGUGAUAAAUUCUCACACAAAACAUCCAUCGUAUCAGAAUAUGACAAAAAAAUUGGUAUUCCAAAUAUCAUAGAAUCCAUUAAGAGAAAGAUUUUUCUAAAUACGUCGCAUUUGGUAGAAGAAGUUAUAUCGCAGUUUACUGAGUCUAUAUCCAGUGAAAAUGGAACUACUGAUAGUACUGAAACGAAUAUACAAGAAAUAAAUACUGACUCUGAUAAAACAGAAAGUGAUCUUAUAGAAGAUAUAAGUAGUCAAAUUCUUUCAAAAUCAAUUUUUGAACAGAAGCAAAUCUCAAAUCCGGUAUCUCUUUCAUCAGAAUCAAUUGAUAAUAUUCAAGAUUGUGAAUCGUUUAUUAUUGAAAGUACCGAAUCUCAACAUUGUACAAAGUCACUCGCUUCUUCGGAUCAAAUUAACAGUAUUAGUACAUUAGAAUCGAAAGCAGAAUAUAGCAAACCAAUUUAUAUUAUACAAAACACAUUUGAAGGCAAGAAAAAAAGAAAAAUUCGCAAAAAGGGCACUUUAUCGGAUACUUUGUGCCAAAAGAUGGGGAAAGAGAGGUCAAGUAUAAAUUUAUUACGUCAUCAGUUGUCUAAAAAGUCAUCCAAUAAUAUAGUAAAACCAUUUGUUCUUCUUCAAAUAAUAGAACACUUACCAAUGAUCAAUGAGAAUCAAUUAUUGAAAUGUGUAUUGGUUGAAGACACUAAUAAUCUCUUAAGUAGUUUAUUGAAAGAACAGACUCAUCGAUUUAUAACUGUGAUGAAUGUACCUGAAAUUUCUAAUUUAAUUAAUACAAAUCAAAAGCCAGUAUUAAAGAUUUUUGAACCUUGGACAAUUCUAGAUCCUAAUCAAUUAUUUAUACAUAUAACACAAUUUAUUGCAAUUCCAAAUGCACAAGAAAAUGUCAAAAUUACUCAUAGUAUGUAUAGUAAAAAUAGUAAGAUUAUGCAGGAAUUACAUUGUCCUUGUAUAAAAGAAAAAAUGCUUUCUGAUAAAUGUAAAUCUAAAUUUCAAGAUAAUCCAUUUGAUAUAAUCAAAGAAUUGUUUACAUAUAAAUAA